AGGAGAGUUUGAGAAACCAGACCGUAAGGAGGAGGAAGGGGGGGGAAAGGGGGAACGUAGAGAGCGCAUUUAGGACGUGCGGGAGACGAUCCGAAGUGACCGCAGUUCUGGCCCGUCGUAUCGUCUCUGGCCACCGCCUCGCCCGCUUGCUUCUCUACCUCCUCCUGUUCUCUCUCUCCUUGGCCAGCAGGUGAGCAAGCGAGCAAGCAAGCAACCGAGGCAGCGAUGGCGGCGACGACGACAUUCCUUGGUACGACCACGCAGCUGGCUGCUUCGUCCUCCACGCAGCUGGCAGCGGGUAAUCUCAAGGCCAGCCCGUCCAAGGGGAGCACACCCAACAACAACAGGGCGUUCGUCUGCCGCGCGUCGGCUGAUGGCGAAGCCACGUCGCGCAGGGAGGCUUUGAGGAUGGCCGCGGGUGUCAUCGCCGCGGGAGUUUUCGGCCUCGCCGGAAAGGCCAAUGCCUCUAUUACGGAGGACCUGCUCGCUAAGUCCGCCGCGAAUAAGGACUUGAAUGACAAGAAGAGGGCCCUCACCAGCUAUGCCAAUCUGGCACGCGCGUACACUGUGCAGAAUGGUUCCUGCGCGUUCCCUGACAAUUUCACCGGCUGUCAAGACCUGGCCAAGAGACAGGCUGUGCCCUUCUUGAGCGAGGAUUUGGCCUUGGAGUGCGAGGGCAAGGAGAAGGGCAAAUGCGGCUCCAACAACUUCAAGUAACUGGGACGGCACCAACUCCUCGACACCAACAACCCCAACUUCCAUUCAACUAGACGGCAAUGGCCACAUCAUCAUUCAUAAGGCGUGAAGGCAACAGGAGCUAACGUCCACACUGCAGCAGCAGCAAUAGGAGCAGAGGUGACAGAGACACUCUCGACUGCCGGUCACUGCAGCGGCAGUUCACACUCUUCGCGCUCAAUCGGGCAGGAAGGACUCAGAAGUGUGCCACUUUCGGAAUCUUUGCACUCACUGACAGUCAGUCAGUCAGUCAGUCAGUCGGUGAGGACUGAGAGUCGCCCCCACCUUCAGACGUGCCGCGCUCGGUCGGGUAGGGGGGAGGAAUCGACUACAGGCAGAAGCUUCGGGUAGGACGGAGGAAUCGACGUGCCGCGCUCAGUCGGGUAGGGGGGAGGAAUCGACUACAGGCAAAGCAGACUGAGAAGAAGAGGGCAGAGCAGAUGAUAGCGGUGGCACGCCUCGUACCAAUAGCAGAAUUAUAAUUAGCGUUGUAACUAUGUAAAUGUAAAAAUAGCAAAAUUGCCAAAAUACGAUUUAAAUAUCGACUUGGAGGAAGGUAGUGAGUGGGGCAGGCCAAGGAGGGGUCUGGUGGGCCGAUGGGAGGCAGGGGAGGAGGAGCAGGCAGGGAAGAGAGGGAAGAGAGGCAGGCGGAUGGGAGAGAGAGAGAGCACACACUGUUGGCAUACUGCUUAUGUAACACAUCAUCAUCCCUCUCUCACUUGGCAUUAUUUGUGGACGAGAGAAUAGGUAUAUCGCUGCCAGUCUUCUUUUCUUUUCCUGGCAACCCGAGUCGCUCAAGUUGGAUGCAUUUGGCCUGAAUUACUGAAAAGAUUCCCAAUGGGCACCCCUGAUUUGUUGUAUAGCCUUUUAUUUUUCUUGAUGCGCACUUGUUGUCAGUCAAUCAAUCAAACAAGCACAAGCAC